GCGGACUGUAUUGUCAACUGUACAGGGGUAUCAGCAGGACAACUAGUCCAAGACCACAGCGUGUAUCCUAUGUUAGGUGUAGCUUUAACUCUUCGUCGAGAAGACAGCCCGACUGUUCUUCCUUUUUACGCUUUGACGAUGACUGAAAAGAACUGGUACGAAGGAAAAACUCAAGGAUCAGUGUUCAUUGCACCUAGAGGUGAUCACAGUCUAUGGCUUGGUACGAUGCAAUUAGAAUCAUACGACAAGAACAUCGGUCUUUCACACCCUGCAGUACAGAGAAUGCUUCAAGAAUGUCAAACCAUCUAUCCACCGCUUAAAAACAUAAAUCAAGACGACCUUCGUGUAACAGUUGGCAUACGACCCAUGCGUCGAGGAGGCCCACGCUUGGAACGCGACUCACAUUACCCUUUCUUAAUUCACAAUUAUGGACAUGGACACUUUGGCGUGAAUGCUUCAUGGGGUUGUGCCUCAACUGUGCUUCGCAUUCUGGAAACUAAGUCCCCACAAUUUUCGUCUAAAUAUUAAAUGUUUUACAAAAUAAUUGAGCGCUUAUUUUGCCGGGACAACAAAACAAAGCAAAAAUACCAAGUAUUAAUUUAUUAUUAAAUGAUAAUCAAUUAUCAUAUUUAUAAUUUACAUUUUUUAUUACAUUACAUUAAGUAACUUUUGUAUAAUAAAACAAGCAUGUACAAUAAAGUAAGCAAUUGUAAUUUGAAAGAGCUGUUGACCCUAAAAAAGCAUUUUAACCUUCUCUCGAUCUCUUCGUCUUUCAGUUUCUAUUGGCUCUAGAUCACACGGUCUUAUUUAUUGUAUAUUAUGAAACAUAACAUCCGCAGAUCUAACGUGAAA